GACAGAGAGGGACUUUCAAACAAGCAACACAUCAAAGCCUUUGUUAGGCAGACAACCUAAACACAAACACACAUUCCGCUGUGUGCGAUGCUGCACUGACAUAACUCAGACAACAGCGCAAUGUCCUACGCUAUAGGAGGCACAGAUCUGCAGGAAAUGGAGAUUUUACAGAACAUCAGUAACAGGGCUGAGCCUGGGAGUCCUGACAGCAGUUUGGACGAGGUCCUGACCUUCUCUCCUGACCUGGGAUUGUCACCUGUCACAGGUCUGUCUGGGGACAUAGGACAUCUGAACUGCACAGGCAGUAUGACUCCAAGGAGAAAGCUGAAACUGUCCCCAGACUCCCAGAAUCCCAGCCCCACUGAGAUACCAAGCACUCUGCAGACUGCCAUGGGAACCACGGAAUGCUCAGUAUACCCUAGUGAGUCGACCCCACCGAGACUUAAUACAAGUGAUUCCUCUUCUGAAUCCAGCAUCUACAAGCCGAAGAAUCCAGGAAGAAAAGUAAAUGUGAGAGACAAUGAGGAGAAUGAACGUCGCCCAGACACAAGAAAGAGAAACUCACGAAUGAAGCUGUCAGACCUAUUCCACAGCCCAGAGCUUGUUACAGAACAGAAAACCCAGAGAGCGCUGAAAGCUAAACACGGCCAUGACAGACGGCGAAGCGGCAGCCGGACAGAAAAUAAAGAGCGUUAUGAGAUCAGGAGGUUUACGAUCAGUGACAUCAGUCCAACUUUGAAUGAUGAAAACCAUGAAGACGAUGACCUCAUUGGAGAUUUUUCUAAACCAUAUUGUCUCCCAGUGGAAAAGGGCAAACACCAGGACCUUAAAUAUAUAACAAGUAACACACUGGCCCAUCUAGUCAGCGGAGGAUAUAAAGCCGUUGUACCGAUCUUCCAUAUUGUGGACUGCCGCUAUCCGUAUGAAUAUGCCGGUGGACAUAUCAAGGGAGCCUGGAACGUACACAGAGAGGAACAGAUAGCGGAAUGUUUUCUGAAGGACCCGUGUCUAUCCCAGUGUCGGAGGGUGCUGAUCUUUCACUGCGAAUUCUCCUCAGAGAGAGCGCCAAAACUGUGUCGUGUUUUAAGAAAUCUGGACAGACAAGCAAACGUAUAUCCCCAUUUGUACUAUCCUGAACUCUAUCUUUUAAAGGGUGGUUAUAAAGAGUUUUAUGAAAAGUUUAAGUGUCUUUGUGAACCGCAAGGCUACGUGAGCAUGCUACACAGGGACUUCCAGGAUCAAUUAAAGAAAUAUCACAAAAAGAAAAAGCCUUUGUCAGGCCAGAGGAUCCGGAAAGAGCUCUUUAAACGUUAAAUGUAAAUGAAAAUUUUAGCCCAGUGACAACACAGACUCUAUGGUCAAAGCCGCAGGAGCGCAGAUGUCGUGUCUGCACAGCGUGUUUCACCUGAGCGGCGUCAGGCGUCCAUAGUGUUUCAAUGUAGUGAUCAGUGGGAGAAAAACAGGCGUAAAGUUAAAUUAUUAUUGCUUUCUCCUUUCAGCAGGAUUUGCUUGUCAUUCAUACUGAUAUAGCUCAUGUAUUAAAGAAAACUAUUGUCCUAA